GUGGGACAGUUACCAAAGUUAUUAAAAUUACCAAAUGUCAAAUGUCAAUCGGUUACCCGUCUAUAAAUAUUAUGAAUUAACAAUUUUAGGUUAUGCUAAUGUUCUGAUGUAAAUUCACGUCCAAAUUUGCCAUGAAUAUAAAAUUCUAGCUUAAUUAUAUUAGAAAUAUUUUGAAAAAGAUGCUGUCAGCAUCAAUAGCUAAAUUAACCUCAAUUUACUUGAUAUUUUUCAUGAUACCGGCCUUGGUAUCCCUUAAAAAAUCCGGUACUGGUAAAGUGAAUAAAUUAAAUGAUUGUAUGCGAUGUGUGAUUUUAAAAGAUUCAAUCAACAACUGGUUAGAAAAAACGUCUAGAAGCAAUCAUGAAGGCGGAGAUGUUGCUUGGGAGGAGGCGAAAUUAAAAUCGUACUCACGAAGUGAGAUGCGUUUAGUUGAAAUUCAAGAAAAACUAUGUACAGAAGUAAAAAAGCAUCAAGAUCAGUGUUACGCCCUUGCAGAAGAAGCGGAACAAUUGUUGGAACAGUGGUGGUUUGAAGAAGACCAUGAUGUACUGGACUUGUAUACUUGGUUGUGUAUAAAUCAUUUAAAGCUGUGUUGCCCGUCAGGUCACUUUGGUGUUAACUGUGAGCCUUGCCUACUAGAUAAAAAUAAUAAGAUAUGCGGCGGCAACGGCGAAUGUAGUGGUGACGGGACCCGCCAUGGUAAUGGUACAUGCAUUUGUAACAAAGGAUUUGCAGGUAGUAAUUGUGAUGAGUGUUCCAAAAAUUAUUUCCUUACUGAAUCUUCAUGUAAACCAUGCCAUCCUGCAUGCAAAGAGUGUCAUAGAUUUGGUAGAGAUGCUUGUAUGGAAUGUGCUGCCGGUUGGAAGAAUGAAUUGGGGGUUUGUGUUGAUGUUAAUGAAUGCUUGGAUAGCCCUUGUAACAGUAAUGAAUUUUGUGUUAACAGAGAAGGUUCAUUUAAAUGUACAGCUUGUGAUAACACUUGUGAAACUUGUCUUGGGCCAGGACCAAAAAACUGUUCAUCCUGUAAAGCCAAUAACCAUCUAUGGCUCGGUAGAUGUAUGAAUAGAUUCGAAAAAAAUAAUAUAUUGAAGGAAGCAUUAAUGAGAAUUUCAUUGUACAUAUUUUGGCUUUUAGUAACAUUUCUCUUCUAUAAAAAAUCAGCUGCACUCGCCUCUCUCACAAUUAUACUAUUAUCAACAUUUAUUUUCUAUUAUGAAAAAUACUUUGAAACAAAUCUUUUAGACAUAAUUUACAGUUUUAUAUGAAUCUAAAUAAAACAUAAGAUAAAGGUGUAUUAAAAUACAUUUUAUUGUGAAAUGGUACAUAACUACUUUUUAGUAUCAUUUAUAUACAAAAUUAAAUAUAAUAAACCAAAGUUAUAUUCUUAAAUGUAACAGAUAUUUAAUAAAAAAUAAAGCAUAAAUUAAACUGCCAAAGUCACAGUAUAUAUGGUACAAUUUCAUAUACUUUUGUAUAAUUAUAAAUUACCAGUACAGAAGGUAUUUCAAUUGUGUGUAAUUUACAGUUCUGUUGAAUUCCUGAAGUGUUGAUGUUUAUGUUUGAAUAUUAGGCCUUAUGACCUCUAGACCUUACUUCAUAUUGAGAUUUUUUCGAUUUUUAUAAACUGAUAUUGUGAAAAAAACAGACAAAAUAAUAAAAUUUUUUGACUUUGAUAUAAUAUUAAAAUUCAAAAUAGUUAUAUAAGAAGUAAUUUAAAGUAACACUACCUUAUAUAUAGCUGGGGCCCAAAAAUCAUGUCCUUUGCCAGGAAUAAUGAAAAAGUUACUAAAAUGACAUAUUCUCAUAAGACACUAUAAAAAUACAAAAUGCUACUUUUUGGCAAUCCAAUGUAAUACAUAACCUAUUUGUGUAAAAGUAUGUAAGUGGUAAUAAAAUAAACAAAAUAAUGAUCGAUACAAAAGGGUAUUACUGUUACAGAAUACUAAAGUGCAAAAGAUUACAGUAAUGUGAUGUCCUGUAUAUGGUAUUAUAAAUAUAUAAUUAAAUAAUAAAAAUCAACAUUUUUUUUUAUUUAUAAAAUAAGAUUUGUAUCCAUUCGAAUUACAGUGUAAACUCUUUAUAAAUAAUGAAUAAAAUUUGUCUUCGCGUCAUAAAAUGAAGACAAACUGAAUGAAGGUGAAAAAGAUAAUCGAAUAGAUGAUUCGAAUACAUAAACAACUAUUAAAUUAGCGCUUGACGCUAAGUUUAUCGAUUUAUUUUAUUGUAUUAUCAAUAAAGAUUCCGACACAAGUUUCUUCACUCCAUUAAACGGUAACCUCACUUAAACUGUACCAUGUGUUCGAUCCCUUGGGUUUCGUUAUAAACAGUUUACACUGUAGAUGAAACGGAAUCAAUGAAAUCACUAUACACUUUAUAUGUAGCUGCAAAAUGAAAUACUUUAUUUACGAAUAUCAUACGCAGACAGACAUUUUGAAAUGUUCUUUGGUGACAAGUAAAGAUAGACAGGCAGAAAAAAAAAACGUAAAUGGUACUUAAGUUACAAAUAUAUUACUCAACAAAAAAAAAAAAAAAACGUUUAGAAUUUAAAAAAAAAAAAGCAAAAACAACUUUGUUCUAUAUUUUUUUUUUGUUUUUGGUAGUAUGUCAUAUUUAAGUACUAAUGUAACACGAUUACGAACUAAAUAUGAAAACACUUAAGAUAAUCUAUCAUCGACUAUUUUAAGUCAAAAGAAAAUAAAAAUAUGUUAUACAAAAAGCACUAAAUUACAUUGGACUCAUAAUACUAUCAGUAUAUUACGCGCGACUAGCAAUUACAUCUAUUGUAAAUUGUAAUAUGACGUAUUGAAAAUGUGCUUUGUAUCAAAUUUUAAUUUCAUUUAUUUAAUUCACAUAAAUUAAACGAGUACCACUUUUUUUAUAAAGGAUGUUUAUCUACAGUUAUUAAUAUCAGUCGAUUGUAACAAGCUAACACUAAAAUUUGGGUCCCUUUUUAAUACGCGAAGGCUUCCAACUCAUUCACCAUACUCGAGGUUUGUGCAUAUUUGGGAAUUCAUUAAUAUUAAUAUUGCUAAUAAUUUUAUUCCAAAUAAAAUAAUAUUUUUAUGUG